CAGGAUUUGAAUCUCAGAGGAUUUAAAUCGCGGGAGCAGAAGCCGCCGUGGCCCUAAGUAGAAGUCAUGUGUUGGACACAAAAAUUACAGUUCUAACCACCACAACUAUAAACAGCCUAAUGAAUGGGAGUCCCUGUGUUCAGGGCAAGUUGCAUAUGUGUAUAAUUUAUUUUAAAAACUCAAGCCAUGAAGAAAAAUUCCAAGAGGAACAACAAUUUGAGAGUUUCUGGCAUAGAAAUGAACUCUGUGAAUGCUGAGAAGGAAAAACAUGAGAGCCAAAAUAACUUUGUUGAACUGCUGCCUCUAGAAGUCACUUUAGAAAUUUUUAGCCAACUUGACAUCCAGAGUUUGUGCAGAGCUUCGGUGACAUGCAGAAGCUGGAAUUAUGCAAUAAGAAACAGUGACUCCUUAUGGAAACCUCACUGCUUGACUGUAAGAACCGUGUGCCAACGAGAAAUAGAUAACGAUCUAGAAAGUGGUUAUUCCUGGAGGGUAAUACUCCUGAGAAAUUACCAGAAGAGUAAAGUGAAACAUGAAUGGCUAAGUGGCAGAUACAGCAACAUAUGUUCUCCCUUUAGCCUACCAGAAAAAAUCAUGUGCCCUAUGGAUGCAGAUACGUGGGGGGAGAUUCUAGAAGCAGAACUGGAAAGAUAAGUGGAACAAAUCACUUGCAGAUCUUGAACUUUGAGAGUUUAAAACUAACAUGACUUUUAGACUGCAAAUGAUGUAUUUUUAUC